AGAAGAGGGCCAAAAAAAACGGGGGAGAGAAGGAAGAGGAGAGGGAGAAAAAUAACCAGCCGAAGCCGCGGACACGGGAUGAGUGAAGACGAGGCGGCGCUGGAUGAGGAUUGCCAACACAGGCAGUAGGAGACUGAGAUGGGCGUUCGUCUGGGCUGUUUGACCGACUCCCCGUGGUGGCUGCUGCUGUUGCUGCUCCGCGGCGCCUCCCUCUGCUCCGGCCGGCCGUUCGGGGUCCCCGCGCCCUCCGUGAACGUGGCGGUGGUCUUCAGCGGCUCGGCCUACCAGGCAGAGAUCAAGGGGCGGCUCAGCCGGGAGAACUUCCUGGACCUGCCCCUGGAGGUGAACCCCAUCACCGUGCUGGUCAACAACACCAACCCGCGGGCGCUGCUCACCCGCAUCUGCGACACCCUCUCCACCAACCGCGUGCAUGGCGUGGUGUUCGAGGACAACGUGGGCUCCGAGGCCGUGGCGCAGAUCUUGGACUUCAUUUCCACGCAGACGGCCGUUCCCAUCGUGGGGAUCAGCGGCGGCUCGGCCGUCGUGCUGCCGUACAAGGGCGAGGGCUCCAACUUCCUCCAGCUGGGCUCCUCCAUCGAGCAGCAGAUCAACGGCAUGUUCAAGGUGAUGGAGGAGUACAACUGGGACAGCUUCGUGGUCAUCACCAGCCUGUACCCGGGCUACGAAAGCUACGUGGACUACGUCAAGUCCUUCACGGACACCAGCUACUUCACGUGGGAGCUGCAGGACGUGCUGACCUUCGACAUGUCCGCCGACGGCAUGAACGACGUGCGGGCGCGGCGACUGCUGCAGCAGAUCGACGCCCAGGUGUUGCUGGUCUACUGCUCCCACGAGGAGGCCCAGUACCUCUUCAGCAUGGCGGCCGAGUCGCGGCUGGUGGGGCCGGGCUACAUCUGGAUCCUCCCCAGCCUGGCGGUGGGGAACCCGGACGUCCCCCCGCCCGAGAGCUUCCCCGUGGGCCUCAUCGGCAUCAUCACGGACCGCUGGAGGAUGAGCCUGAGGAAGAGGGUGCGGGACGGCGUGGCCAUCGUGGUGAAAGGCGUGCAGAGCUUCCGGAGACAGAGGGGCUUCGUUCCCGAGGGCCACAGCGACUGCCACAACCCGGCCCGGCCGCCGGCCACCAACGACACCCUCUUCAGGCACAUGUUGAACGUGACCUGGGAACACAACGACUUCUCCUUCAACAGCAACGGCUACCUGGUGAACCCGGCCAUGAUCAUCAUCACUCUGGACCGAGAGCGCCUGUGGGACAAGGUGGGGACCUACGAGAUGGGGAUCAUGCAGAUGAGAUACCCGGUGUGGCCCCGGUACGGCUCCUACCUGGAGCCGGUGUCGGACUACAGGCACCUGACGGUGGCCACGCUGGAGGAGAGGCCCUUCGUCAUCGUGGAGGCGGUGGACCCGCUGACCGGCACCUGCGUCAGCAACACCGUGCCCUGCCGCCGGCAGUCCAACAAGACCGAAACCAUUGUGGGUCACACCGAGGCCUACACCAAGCUGUGCUGCAAAGGCUUCUGCAUCGACAUCCUGAAGAAGUUGUCCCGCACCAUAAAGUUCUCCUACGACCUCUACCUGGUCACCAACGGCAAGCACGGCAAGCUGGUCCGGGGCAUCUGGAACGGGAUGAUCGGAGAGGUGUUCUACAAGCGGGCGGACAUGGCCAUCGGCUCGCUGACCAUAAACGAGGAGCGCUCCGAGAUCAUCGACUUCUCCGUGCCGUUCGUGGAGACGGGCAUCAGCGUGAUGGUUGCCAGGAGCAACGGCACCGUCUCACCCUCGGCCUUCCUAGAACCGUACAGCCCGGCGGUCUGGGUGAUGAUGUUUGUCAUGUGUCUCACCGUGGUGGCCAUCACGGUCUUCGUCUUUGAGUACUGCAGUCCUGUUGGAUACAACCGCAGCCUGGUCAGUGCCAAAGAGCCCGGGGGCCCCACCUUCACCAUCGGGAAGUCCGUGUGGCUGCUGUGGGGCAUCGUCUUCAACAACUCGGUGCCCAUCGAGAACCCGAAGGGCACCACCAGCAAGAUCAUGGUGCUGGUCUGGGCCUUCUUCGCCGUCAUCUUCCUCGCCUCCUACACCGCCAACCUGGCGGCCUUCAUGAUCCAGGAGCAGUACAUCGACACCGUCUCCGGACUGAGCGACAAAAAGUUUCAAAAGCCGCAAGAGCAGUACCCCCCGUUCCGCUUCGGUACGGUCCCGAAUGGCAGCACGGAGCGCAACAUAAGGAGCAACUACCCCGAGAUGCACUCCCACAUGGUCAAGUACAACCAGAAGGGAGUGGAGGACGCCCUCAACAGCCUCAAAACCGGGAAACUGGAGGCCUUCAUCUACGACGCCGCCGUGCUCAACUACAUGGCCGGCAAAGACGAGGGCUGCAAGCUGGUGACCAUCGGCAGCGGGAAGGUGUUUGCCACCACCGGCUACGGCAUCGCCCUGCAGAAGGACUCACGCUGGAAGCGACUCAUCGACCUGGCCCUGCUGCAGUUCCUGGCUGAUGGCGACACCCAGAAGCUGCAGACCGUCUGGCUGACGGGCAUCUGCCGCAACGAGAAGAAAGAGGUGAUGAGCAGCAAGCUGGACAUCGACAACAUGGCGGGGGUCUUCUACAUGCUGCUGGUCGCCAUGGGGCUCAGCCUGCUGGUGUUCGCCUGGGAGCACCUGCUCUACUGGAAGCUGCGCCACUCGGUGCGCAAGGCGGAGCGCCUGGACUUCCUCCUGGCCAUCAGCAGAGGAAUCUACAGCUGCUUCAGCGGGGUGGAGCAAACCGACCACAGCGGCAGCAUGCCGAGUCCCGACGUCACUGCCAACUACACACAAGCCAAUAUGCUGAAGAUGCUGAAGACGGCCAAGGACAUGGUGUCCUCCGCCAGGGUGGAGAACUCUCUGGACAACGCCACCAAGACAAUAGAGAACUGGAGCAGGCGGGGGGUGGACAAUGUGCGACUCGGCCUGCCCCCUCGAGUGACGGCGGCGGACGUGACUCACGGCCGCCUGCCGUACAUCUCAAGCAUCACGGACAACCACUCGCCGUACUCUCAGAGGGCCCUCACCCCCACCUUCCCCCUCCACUACGGGGACGCCACCAUCCAGCCGCUGCUGGAGAAGCCCUGCGUAGUGACCCGACCCAACGCGCUCCGCUACACGCUGCCCGCCCGCAACGCCCAGCACCUACUGGAGAGGACCCUGCCCAUCUCCAGCCUGAGCAGUCCUCACAUCGCCAUGCGGGACCCGUCCCCCUCCGCCGCUUCCAACCCCCACCACGGCGGCAGGCUGUACGUGGAGAACCAGGCCCGGCGCCCGACGUCCCCGUUCGCUCCUUACAGGGAGUUCCAGGUGCCCGACAUCUACGUCGAGCACAAGGGGCCGCUGCGGAGGAAGUUCAGCUACCCGCCGGACUGCGUGAGCCGGAAAAGGCGGUCCCACGGCUACGCGUUCGACGCCGCUGACCCCCGAGCGAGGGGAGACUACGACGAACCUCGGCCCUGCCUCGCCGAGUUGAGGGCCAACCACCUCCUGAGCAACCACGCCCCCUUCGCCACCGCAAUGGCGUGCACUCGGGGACACUACGCAGGGGGCAGCGCCAGCUGCAACUCCUGCACAAAGUCCUACCUGGAGCCCGAGAUGGACGACUUGCCACUGCUGGGGAAGGACAAGCUCAACCGCCGCGCCUCCUUCCUCAAAGCCACGUGGGGCAACGACAGGAUCCAUCAGGUGGACGAAACAAAGGCCUCCACCUCCGCGUCCUCCGCCCGCGUGGACAUGCCCGACCUGUUUCCUCGGGUGCUGGUGGCCAACCAAAAGCCCAACAAGCUAUACGGCAGCCUGGGGCACAACCUGUCCUGCUACCCGCUGGCUGCCGAGCCCGCGUACCUGGACCCGGCCCACAUGGGAUCCUACCCCUACAAGCAGAAGCUCAAGUACUCCGAGUCCACCAGGCUGCCCUCUUACAGGGAGGCCAUCCUGCAGAACACCGCUGCCCUGCGCCGCUCCUCCUCCACGGUGGUGCACAGACACUACUCCACCUACCUGAACUCGUACACAGACUUGCCGGUGUAUGUGGGGCCGCUGGCCCAGAGACCCGGCCAGUUCUACAACGGCUCCAAGGACAUGUGCCACUUGUUCCCCUGUGCGAGCCACUGCCCGGAUAACGCGACGAUGCUGCCCCGCAUGGGGGACCGCCAGGUAGUUUAUCACAACAAUAUGUUCGGGGCCUGCGACGCCACAGGGAAGAGGGAGGACCCGGGCUCCGGGGGCCGAGAGCGGAGGCAGGUGUUGGUGGCGCGCAGAGUCAACAGUCCCUAUGUGCCAAAGCCCUGGGGCAGGGUGUCCAGCCUGGAGUCCGAGGUCUGAGCCUCCGUCCUUACCUCCACCUGGCUCUCAAAGUGAGGGGCAUGUCUGGGGGGGGUUGUCCCCUCAGCCUCUGCUUGAACUAAACUCUACACCAAUAGUGUACUUGAGAGUGUUGACUCUCAAUUAUCAGUGCGAUGAAUCCUCGGGGGAAGCAAACAUGCAACUGAGAAGACACUGACGAGUUAAACCCUGCUGGGACUUAAAAUAAUAAUAAAAUGUUGAAAAGUAUUUAAUACAUAAGAAUUUAACCUGUUGAUUGUUAUUUAGAGGAUUUUUAAAUGCUGUGUUGCUAUGCGAAAGACUUCUGGGAGACAAUAUACUGGGGCCUCUCAAACUGAUUAAGACCGGAGACGUAUUCUUUUUUCUCAUUUUUCUCUUCUGGUGAAAAUCAUUUCAUUACCCAACAUCGAGUGAUUCGUUGUUAAGAUCAUUUUGCGAUCAAACCGCCGACAUGUCGGGAUUUUCAAAAGUCCUCUGAGCCUUUUCAUUCAGCGAAUUUGACUUGGAUCUUAAAAAAAGAGAAGGGAAAACCAUAAGAGAGUAUCCCGUGUAUUUCCAUUGUUACACGACCCUUUAAUAAAGAACAAGGUCAUCUCAAGGGCCGUUUGGAAUCAUCUGUCAUCUCAUCUAUAUGAUAAACGUGCUCUCACAUCCCACGCUCAUGUGAUGAUCGGGACACAAUGUACACACAAUCUAUUAUUUCAAUCUGCCGACGCUCGCAGAACGGGUGAUUGUGUGAACACGCUCACUUGCUAUUGAGCCCUGUGGCACUAUCUGCUCCAACAAAGUGCUUCUAGCCAUUAAAGGGGGGGCCUAUAUUGAACUGGAUUAGAUAAAUCUGACCCAAACCAAUUCACUUGACAUGCGGCAGAAAAGCUACAUUCAGCAGACAAUUAUUAAGUCACGCGUGUUGAAAUCACAAGAAAAGGUUGAGUCAACUUUUGGAAGCAGCUUGCGGCUCAAAGCUCAUAGCUUCAGACUUGAAGAGCCAAUAUUAUGAAUAACUGUAAAUAUUGAAAAUAACUACGUGUAACGUUACAUCCCUAAAGCCAACAUGAAUUAUUAACUUCAGCCUCAGUUCCAAUACAAAAACUAAUUGUGGGGGGAAACAAUACGAUGCCAAUCCAUCCCAUAAUGACAACAUUUAUCAUAAUUGAUUACAGCAGAUUCAACAGAAAGAAAGCGUCCAACAACCAGAGAAAAUAAAUAAGCUCCUUGAUAACAACAUACGAAUUGACUGAACAGAUCCAAGAUUGUGAGCCAAUUCCACACUACUAAUUAACUGCAGUAUAACUAAAACUCAUAUUUAGAGGGUACUGUGAUGGAAAUGUUUAAGAAAUAAACAUACUUCACCUUCAUGAGAGGAAAUUAUACAUGUCUGCCAUUUAAUUUGAAAUGCCAAAACUUUCCAAAGCUUUGAAAUGUAUCUUUUUGUUUUUCAAAGUCUUUCAGGAACUUCUACCUGUAUUUCAAGUAUAGAGUAUAUAUAUAUGUAUAUGUAUAUAUAUUUAUAUAUGUAUAUCCAUUUAGUCUGUGCAUUGAUUGUGGGACAUCAGCAUCAGCUUCUUAAGGAGUGUUACGAGUUCACUUCAUACUGAAAACCUGCGAUGUGAAAUACGGAAUUGGGACGCUAUGAUUUUUUUGACAUCACUGUGAACACGAGCAGCAGAGCGCAACCUCGUGAGUCUUUGUCGCCGCAGAAUCGAUUCUGGAAAGAACUGCAGUGCUUCCGAUUUGCAUGGAGAGGGAAUAAUAUAGUGAAUUAUAUUCAGUGACCUCACCUGGCUGUUUUAGAUAAAAGUUAAAGCCAGUCUACAAUAUGCUCCUCAGCUCCAGGACUGGUUGCAGCGAGAUGAGAAGAAACAACUUGGCCCAAAUCACUCAAUGCUCAGACGUCAGCAUCUAGUCAUAACGGAGCAUGAUGCACUGAAGCACCAGAAGACACCGCUGGCAAACAACAAGACCCAAAGAAGGAAAUAGCUCAGCCACAAAAACAAGGCGAUCACGAUUUCUAACACUACAAACUGCACAUCGAACUAACGCAGCACGUACUCGCAGGCUGCAGAGGCAAAAGACAUAAAAACACCAGCAGCUGGACAGCCUGAUAUCAGAAGACAUAAACAGAGACAGAGCUGGGACAUAAUCUCACAAUAUGAAGGUUUCUUACCUUGCUGAAGGGAAACAGGGCCUGAAUGUAAACUUGUGGUCUGCAGGCAGCGGCUGAGAGGCGCCUCCCUCACACCUGCAGAAAGGCAGAACAAUGGUUGACACGUUGAUAUAAAAACAGAAUGAUAGCAAAACAGAGGGUUGCAAACGGGUGCGUUCCAUAUGAAUGUCUUGAGAUAUGGAGUCACGUGUGAACAAAUUAAGUUAUCACAAUUUUAUUUGUAUAACCCAAUGUCAUAAAUCGCAAAUAGGCCCCAAGAGCAAACUAUUUAUCUUUAGAUCCUCUAUUUAGAUGGUCAAAAACUCUCCCCAGAAGAGCUCAAUGGGGAAUACAUACAGUCCCCUCCGUAAGUAAUGGAACGGUAAGGCAAAUUCUUUUAUUUUUGUUGUUCACUGAAGACAUUUGGGUUUAAGAUCAAAAGAUGAGUAUGAGACAAGAGUCCAGAAUUUCAGCUUUUAUUUCCUGGUAUUCACAUCUAGAUGUGUUAAACAACUCACGACAAACCACCCUUUGUUUGAACCCACCCAUUUUUCAAGUGAGCAAAAGUAUUGGAACAUGUGACUGACAGGUGUUUCUUGUUGCCCAGGUGUUUUAGGUUGACUGUCCAAACAUUAAAUAGCUCUGCAUGACUAGUCUAAGUUUUCACCGUCGGUUCAAACCUAGCAAGACUGCAUUUGCUGUUAAAGAGGAUAAACCAACCUGAACACCAGAGAUCUGUCUAUGGGAGAAAAGCAAGCCAUUGUCAAGCUGAGAAAAGAAGGAAAGUCGAUCACAGUCAUUGGACAAACAUUGGGAAUAGCAAGCACAACUAUUUGGAAUGUCCUGAAAAAGAAACUACUGGUGUUCUGAGUAACAGAUGUCGAACAGGUCGGCCAAGGAAAACAACAGUAGUUGAUGACAGAAGUAUCGAGAGAGCUGUGAAGAAAACAUCAGUAAGUGGCAUCACCAACGACCUCCACAGGGCAGGGGUGAAGGUAUCACAAUCCACUGUUCAAAGACUUAGAGAGCAGAAAUAUAGAGGCCACACCACAAGAAACCACUCAUCAGCAGUCAGAAUCGGAAGGCCAGAUUGGAAUUUGCAAAGAAGUAGAGAGAUGAGCCGCAAAAGUUCUGGAAGACAAUCUUAUGGACUGAUGAGACCAAGAUGAUCUCUACCAAAGUGAUGGAAAGGCCAACGUGUGGAGAAAGAAAGGAACUGCUUAUGAUCCGAAGCACACAAGCUCAUCUGUGAAGCAUGGUGGAGGUAACGUCAUGGCUGCUUCUGGAACAGGCUCGUUGAUACUUACUGAUGAUGGCAGCAGCAGAAUGAAUUCAGAAGUGUACAGAAACAUUUUGUCUGCCAAUUUAUUGAGAAAUGCAUUGAAACUAAUCGGGAGAAAGUUUAUCAUGCAGCAGGACAAUGACCCAAAGCACACUGCCAACAGAACAAAGGACUUCAUCGGGGGGGAAAAGUGGAAGAGGGUUCGAACAAAGGGUGGGAUGUCGUGAGUUGUUUAACACAUCUAGAUGUGAAUACCAGGAAAUAAAAGCUGAAAUUCUGAACUCUUGUCUCAUACUUAUCUUUUGAUCUUAAAACCAAAUGUCUUCAGUGAACAACAAAAAUAAAGGAAUUUUCCUUACAGUUCCAAUACUUUGAGGGGACUGUAUGAGUAAAACAUAAUACAGAAAAUAGAGAGAUCCUUCCUCCAUGCUUCAGAUUUAGAUUUAGUUUGUGAGGAAAGACGGACGGAUACAAUUUGACUCAAUUUGAAGAAUAUGAAUACUUAAAGUUAAAUUUAACUAAAAUAAUAGGUAUAGAAAACAAUACUUCACAAUUAGCUGAUAAUAAUAUUGAAGGACAUGUGCUAGCUUACUGCUACAGAUGCUAACGAGCAGCAAGCGCCAACAGACCGGAAGUGACGAUCGAGCUAGCAAAGCUAGCGAUAUCACGUUUCAAAUUACUCUACAAGUCAACCUCGGUCCGUAAAGUCACUGAAUAAUUACUUUUUUAUAAGUGGCUAAUCGUGAAAGUACGCGUUUACCAACAAAGACACACUUUUACGGAGAUUUCUAAAAGUAAUUUGCUCACCAACGGGACAGGGUGACACAGACCGGAAAUGCCGUUUGGGUCGUACCACUGUUGUCCUGAAGGGGGUACGAAUGUUACAGAACAGUCCAAAUGGAAAACUAAACCAACAAAUUAUCACAAAAUAUAUAUUAUAACUAUAUAUUACAGUGAAUAAAAUAUAUCAUUAUCUAAUAAAUACAUUAAAUAAUGAUGAUGUCAAAUUUCAAUGCUUCUUCUUCUUACAAUAAUGCCUUAAAAUACAGUAAAUUUACAAACUACACAAUGAAUGUUUCUUAUAUCAUAUAUUACGAAAAAUAAAAAAUACAAAAUUUCACACAAGUACCAAAUACAUUCUGCAAAACCAUAUAUGAUCAGCAACUUGUCAACUUGAUUAAUGUUACCAGUAUUCAAACUGAAGACUGCCAUAUUUAUUUCAGAUGCAUCGUUCCAUCAAAUGGAUCAUCAUUUAUACACAUUAGUUGACUUGAAAUGCAGUUGUGUGUUAUGAUCUAUGUUUUGCCAGUAAUAAUGACCGGCCCAUUGGCGAGUGGCCAAAGACAUUUAAAGUAAUAAAUGCAGGAUCAA